ACAGAGCUUCCCCGAUAAUGUCAUCACCUUGCAAGAUCGCCUCCGAGGCUUCCGCUUCAACGCUCCUCGGCGACAUCAAAAUGGAGCCCCCCGAGCAGCUCCUGGACGGCGACGGCGGUCUGCAGCAGUCGGAACCCGUCGACUUAUCUCUCCACAAGCCCAAGAACUCCCUGCGCCAGACCCAGAGCCCGCUCCCUUCCACGUCGGUGAACUCCCCCCCGCCGCCGGUGGUCUCCCUGUCCGGCCUCAGCUCGGCCAUCCCCGCGGUGCUUUCCCCGGGAUCCAUCUUGGCGUCCACGCAGGGCAGCGACGGGCAGCGGAUCCUCCACGUCAUCCACACCAUCCCCUCCAUCAAUCUGCCCAGCAAGAUGGGCGGCCUGCAGACCAUCCCCCUCGUGGUGCAGUCGCUUCCCGUGGUGUACACGACGCUGCCUGCGGAUGGCGUCACAGCGUCCAUCACCGUGCCGCUAAUAGGGGCGGACGGGAAAACCACAGGUGAGAAUUCACUAUUCAUACGUUCUCCGGCCACGGAGGUGGAAGACUCGGAUCCAAAGGUGGACCAGUCCCCGUGUUACCUCAGCCACGUGAGCUUGUCGCACAAUGCAGUUAAGAUUGAGCCGGACUUGAGCCCGCCGGAGGAGAUCAGCGACACUGACGAUUGCACGGAGACCUCUUCCUCCUUUCAGGACAGGACAAAUGGGUCUCUGAUGCAGCACAGCGGGACGCCGUCACCAGAUCUUCGGAAGAGGAGAGUUCAUCCGUGCGACUUCGAAGGGUGCAAUAAAGUAUAUACCAAGAGUUCUCACCUAAAGGCCCACCGGAGGAUACACACAGGAGAAAAACCCUACAAAUGCUCAUGGGAAGGCUGCGUAUGGAAAUUCGCCAGAUCCGACGAGCUCACCCGCCACUUCCGGAAACACACUGGUAUCAAGCCCUUUAUGUGCUCGGACUGUGACCGAACAUUCUCCCGCUCUGAUCACCUGGCGUUGCACCGCAGAAGGCACAUCAUGAUGUGACAUAGUUCCCCGGGAAGUGUGGCAACAUGGACGCAUUGAAGGAGGCUUUUCACUUCUUUACAUUUGACUGACGGACGUGAUACCUUCUCACUUUAUUAUGGUUUUUCACCGUUUGUGGGCAUCAUUUUUU